CAAGCGCUUCGAGACGUACAACAGCUUGAUCAAGCACAAAACUCGCAUUCAUUCUUUGGAGAAACCCAUGAAAAAGGCCUGUGAGAAGUGCGGCAAGGUCUAUCUGGACCCGAAGGCUCUAAAGCAGCACGUGAAACAAGUCCAUGAACGGUCAGAGCAACUUCAUUGCAACCAAUGCGAAAUGAUCCUGAGUUCGAAGUACGCGUUAAAUCGACACGUCAAAGAAGUACACCAUCGUCAGCAAGAGCACAUUUGCCCCAAAUGUCAUAAACAUUUUACCCAACAAUCCAAUCUCAAGCAACACAUGCUCAUUCAUUGGGGAGUGAAACCGUUCCACUGCCGUCACGAACUCUGCAAAUCGGCCUUCACCACCAAGCAAUGUCUUCAAGUCCACUAUCGGAAGGUGCACCACUACACUGAUGAAAACAUGCCAGAGAUCAAGCGCCAGAAAACGUUCUUGCCCAAUGACUGCCUGGGAUUUAGAUCCAAGAGAACGGCCAGUUCCAUGGAAGAACCUAUAUUGAGUGGACAUGAGACGUCAACUGACUCGCUGUCAUCUAUUGCAAGUUUACCCACUCAAUCGGUCUCUUCCAAGUGUGACCACAUGAAUGGGGUUGGUGUUGCUCCAAGUGCAGUGGGAAUGUAUUCCUCUACGCCUAGUUCAAGUUAUUACCAUGGCUAUGGUACUGUCAAGAACCACAUGCUCUAAAUUCCUAGACUAGUUGCUCCACAUUUCUUUCAAGUUGUUGCUGUACAAUCCUAGCCUCAGAUUACCUUAUCUUCCUUGAACGCUUGCCCCCCACCAACAAUGGAUCAUCUACCAGACUCUUCUCCAUACUAGCAACGGAACCAGAGUCGUUGAUCAAGUCCUCGGCCUCACAAAACUCGUUUUGUCCGAUUGAUAUGAAAUGCUUUUCAAACAGUAACAUAAUCUAAAUGCUGAAAUCCUAAAACUUCACAGUACCACGAUUUCCCGUUACCUUGAUCGAAAACUUGAAACCAGUUCUCGGUUGAUGAUGACAAAUGAAAUACCUAAGCACGUAAUAAGCAAAGUGCCAAAAGAUCCUCCGCAAUCUCCUCAAUAGUUGGCAUUGAAAAGAAUCAAAAUUCAUUCCCCAAAACCACGCACCGAUCUACGUAAAAACUUAGUCCAGCAGAAAUUGUAUACAAUAAGCUACGCCUUGUAAUUCCUUGAAUGUACAGUAGACUGGCACACGAAUUGUAGAACCGAAUAGUUUCCAAUUCCAUUCGUAUUCUUCAUGGCUAGUUAUACUAGUAUGAUUAACGUAUUUAACUUCAAAAGCUUUACCUGAUUCUGUUCAUUCAUUUUGAACGACAUUUUCUCCACUCGCCGAUAUUAUUGUUUUCUUUUCUUCCACCAUCUACCCUCAAAAAAUAUUCUUGCGCCAAUGUCAUUCAAGCUUUUCCGAAUAAUCUUGAAACCAGGAAUCCCAAUGUUUUUUCUUCCUUUAGCCUCAUAUGAUUAACUCUUUAUCUAAGAAGUCUUGUCAACUAUUGUCAAUUUGAUGUAUCCACUUUGUCUUAGUCAGGUUGCUAUAAUUAUUUACAACUGUUGCUCAAAUGUUCAAAUUACGAAAGAGAAAUAAAUCUUUCUUCCUAUUUUA